UAUUGGUCCAUUAAAUAUGACGAUAGCGGGUGCAAGAUUUGAACCUUCUGUGCGGAACUGAAGUAUUCUGCCUCGUCGUCGUCCCUUUUUAAAGCGACCGAGGAACACCCAGCUGUCAAGUAAUUUAUUAAGUGUAUUAUUUAAUCAUUUUGUGUCGUACUCGAACUUGAAGCUCCUACUAAUCUAGCUAACCGUCCUUCGAUAAGCAUUGCUAGUUUUGACGCUAGCUAGGUCGUCAGAGUUAGCUUUCUCGUGUUGACACCUUCAAUUAUUUUCUAACUAGACUUCUUUGGAGGUAUUUAAGUAUUUUCUGAAAUAAUUAAUAAUAACUUUUAACGUUCUGUGAAAUUUAGCAAAAAAAUAAAUAACAUGAAUGAUGAAAACCGCAAGUUAUUUGAACGAGUUUCCAAGAAGAUGGGGUGGAUUGGGGAGAAUGGACUGGACAUUGCAGAGAAGAAGCUGAUAAAUGAAAUUGGAAAGAAGCGCCAUGGUGCCACGAGUGCUGAUCCUUUUGCGGAUCGAUCAGUGUCUCCUAUCAAUUUUCUCUCCGAGGACGAAGUCGACUCUGACAAAGAGAACCAGGUCAACACCUACAGAAACAAGGCUUUGACAGAAUCCAGCGAUGAUGAAUUUGACCAAUUUCUUGUGAGCCAGGCUACCCCAAAAACCAAACCUUCCUCAAAGAAACCUUGCAGCUCUGUGAAGACAGACUGUUCAAAUGUUUGUACCAUCAGUUCGGAUGAUGACAGUUUUGAAAAAUUCUUGCAACAGGUAAAAACUCCAACCGCCAAGUCGAGGAAAGCUGCGGAGAGUACAAGCGAGGACGGCCUUAAAGAUUUCAUUGUGGGUGAUGAUUCAUCAGAUGAUGACUUCAUAGUGACCAAAUCAUCCUCUAAAGGAUCUAAGAAGUGUACUCCAGCCACACAUCAUACAUUCAAGAAACCUCUGUCACUGUCUCAGUGUGCCUCUCCAGUCUUCGUUAACGUCAGUGACGACGACGAUGAUGAUGACAACAUUGUCAUCAGGAGCACGUGGACGACUCGCCACACAAAACCAAACAAAAACAACCCCGCGAUUAACAUCGAAAAGGACACUCAACAAUCCCCAUAUUUUCUUCCUGUACCCUCCUCCGUCUUUCCUGGCCAUUACCGCCAUCCCGCAGCAAUUCCCAAGCGUACACUCUCUGCUCCUUCCAAGCUGGAUGACUCAUCCAGUUCGGAAGAGGAGUACACAUCAUUAUUGGAGAGACUUAAAAAGAAGCACACAUUCACUGGCUCGUCAUGUUCACCUCAGACCAACAAAGAAUGCAGUACGGACCCGCCUGUGUGUGUUCCACCUGUAAAGGUGCCAGCUAAGCCCAGGAUCAACGUAUCAUUUGACAAACCUCUGGAUGCAAAGACUCCUGUGAAAAAAAUCAUGAAGCCGAUCGUGAGUCAAACAGAGCCCAGGCAUGGUCCCAUCAGCAGGCAAACAUCAUGCAAAACCCCAGGUUGCUUCUUGGAGUCCCUGUCAAACCCGGGCUCCAGCUAUUGUCGUCAUUUUAAGCAAAAGAAGGAAGAACUCACCACCAAACUCUACACAAUGUACAACAGUAGUGUAUUUGAUAAUAAGCUCCCACUCAAUAUGUCUGUGACUUGGAAUAAGAAGAUGCGAAAAACUGCUGGCUACUGCAUCACUGGGCAGGAGCGAAAAACGGGGAACCGAUAUGCUCGCAUAGAACUCUCUGAGAAAGUCUGUGAUUCUGCAGAUCGCCUCAGAGACACACUGAUCCAUGAGAUGUGCCAUGCAGCAACCUGGCUGAUCAACGGCGUCAGGGACGGACACGGAAACUUCUGGAAGUUGUACGCACGCAAGUCCACCCUGGUGCACCCUGAGCUGCCGAUGGUGACUCGCUGCCACAGUUAUGACAUCACGUACAAAUUCAAAUAUCAGUGCACUCGCUGUCAGAACACGAUCGGACGUCAUUCCAAGUCUUUGGACACACAGCGGUUUGUGUGCGCCCUUUGCACAGGUCAGCUUGUCUUACUCACACCGUCCAAGCCCCGCGCUGCCACACCUUUUGCCAGUUUUGUCAAGGAGAAUUACAGAACUGUACGCCAGGAGCUUGUAGGGCAAAGCCAUGCAGAAGUCAUGCGAAAGCUUAGCGCAGACUUUGCAACCAAGAACAAAAUCAGUGAAAGCUGACCUUCCCACAUUUCAUUGAAAUAUAGUUACAGUAACAGAACCACAAAAAGGAUGCGAUCGAUGUAAACAUUUUAACGAGUCAGCUGCUGCGAGCCAUGUUUGUUUCAGGGUAAAUGUUAGUUUAAAUGACAUUCUGUCAAAUAGUGAGCCCACUGAUGUUUUACAUACAAACGGCAGCUGAGUACUGAGUCUAGUAAAUGUGCUUGUAGAUUCACUCAUGUUCUUUUUUAUACAAAUAAUAAAGUUUUCACAUUUAACUACGAAAACUAAAGUAGUUUCUCCCACAAAUUAUAUCAUAUUACAGUAUCCUAAUAUAUGAGAAUUCUCUUUAAAAAUAAUCACGUUUACAUGAGUUUUUCCUUUUUCCGAAAACAAUGGUAUACAUGGAAAGGAAUAUUCCAAUCUCUUGUCUACAUGAGCCGCUAUAAUCAAACAGAAUAGUCAAUGGGGCAUGCCCAGUAAAACGUAAACAGCAACAUCAAUUGAUAUUUCUUUCACUUGUUGGAAUAACUCCGUAUUGCCAGUUUUCUCGAAAUUGAGUUUGGAUCAAAUACAAACAUUCCGCACCAAUCCAGUGCCGAUUGCUCGCCUCCAUUUUUAAAACUAAAGAACUUCUCAAGCUGCGUGUUACGUCAUAUCUGAGCAUGUGCUGAAAGA